AUGUAUGUAUAGACAAAAUCAUAAUUUAAAGUGAAUCACUCAUUAGAAGAAAGAAAAAGAAUAUAUUCAAAAAAACAAAUAAUACAUCCUACUAAAAUUUUGAUAAUAUUAGAACAAUUUAUUGAUAACUCAGCCUCCUAUUAGCUGUAAUAAUACAUUAUAAUAAAGAGAUGUUUAGCUGAUCCAGACUAGCUAAUGAUUAAUUUUGAGGCUGAAAUGAACUAAUAGAUAAAAAAAAAAAUACCUAAAGCCAAAAAUAUUUCACUUUUCUUUUUUAUAAACAAGGCUCUACCCUAAAAAGGUAGUAAUAAUUCAUAUAGCUUUAAGAUUUUACUAUGGGGCAAUUACAGUAAAAAAUGCAAGACAAAGAAGAUGGAUUUUUAUACGUACAAGUAAAAUCCUUAGAGACCUUAGGAUCACUAUAUUGA